AUGGCGGUUCCCAGGAACUUUGACAAACUCAAUGUCCCUCGAUUUCUUGCCAGUUGGUCUCCUGCUAUGGUCGCUCCUGCUGCUGGUCUCCAUGGGAAGAAGCUGGCGGAUGCGCAUUUCGAGCCUGUCACGCCGAAGACCUUGUUUAAUGGUGUGACAGCUCCUCAUGGUGAAAAGGAGAUCACGGAUUUGACGGCGCGUACGUCGGCGCUGCACAUCAAUGACCCGCCAGCCGACAAGGUUACGAAUGUCAAUGACAAGGAAAAAUCGAUAGGCAGUGAUACCUUCGCUCCGAGCGGGCUGGAUCAGGGGAUGAAAAAGGACCAAGAUGCAGCGGAUGACGGAGGUUACCUAAGCGACGACCCUGAUGAGUGCCAGGAUCCGGUGAAGCUCAACGAGAUUGCUGCGCAGGCGGGUGUCACCAUCACGCUGCUGGUUCCUUUCGCCUGGCAUAAGGAGAUCGCGCGCAUCAUCAACACCAUUAAUCACCUGCUGCUGCUGUGGGGAAAGCACAUGUCGGAGAAUGUGAAGAUGACCACGAGGUGUCAGCAACUUACGGUGACAUUUCUCUCCAAGCAGCAUUUCGGCUGGAUCGAAGUGGUUUUCCUACUGGAUGCUGACGCAAACUUCAUGAGAAGCCGAGAGAUCGAGCAUUACACCACGAGCAACAAGAAGCUCACCUUUGGCUGGCAGCAUACAGAGAACAAGGAGUACCUGAAGGAGUGUGUUGCUCACCCAGAGGUGAUCGAGGUGCUUUUCAGGGGGGUCCCGGCCGUGAUCUCACCGACCAUGAUUAAGAAGAACCUGGUUUCGGCGCUCUUGCUGAAGCGGGGUCGGGCGGCUUUCCGCGAUGGGCUGGCGUUCCACCGUGUGUUGGAUCUGUGA